UAACAACCGUAAAAAGCGCAAAUACGACUCAGAGAGUUGCGGCCAGCCAGAGCCAGCGGAAGCUUAACAUCCGGAUAAUAUUGCCAGGCAGCUCAGUUGUUGUUGUUCUGCUGCCUCGCCUGCUUCUGCUUCUUCUUCGUCGUCGCCUGCUUCUUCAUCGGUCUUCGUUUCGGUGGCAAAGCCUGUUGCUCAAGCCUCUCUCCUUCUGCCUCUGCUUCUCCUCCUUCCCGUUCCGUCCCAUCUCCUCCGCCUCUGCCACCGCCUCCGUCCGCUCUUUCCACGAUUCUCUCUCGGCACCGCACCGCCAAAAGGCACGUAAACUGGUUGUUGCUGUGCUGGUUGGCCGUACACUUCGUGGUGCCCGUACUUUUCGGAUCGUAUUCUCAGUGCUGCCUGAGCGCUUGAGCUGCGCGAGUCGCUGGAAUCGGAAAUCGCAUUGGAAUCGGAACUGGAUAUCGGAAAUUGGCCACUCGAACGGAUCUGGACAUGGAGCUGGCCUACAAUGCGUCAUCGUCGGCGGCCUCUGCCGCCGCCUCUGCCUCCGCCUCCUUCGCGUUCACCAAUACCGCCAAGCUACCCAUCGAAACGGUGAAGCGCCUCAUUGCCGCCGUCUCACGACGUCCCAUGUUGUGGCUUCGCAACAACGCCAAUGGCCAGAAGCGCAGCGACAUCACGCCCGUUUGGUUCGAGGUGGGUCAAGAUGUCAAUCUGCCAGCCGACAUCUGCCGCAUCAAGUGGGGCCACCUGAGGGACAACUUUCGCAAGGUGUACAUCCGCAAUAACCUGUCCAAUGAGACGCCCUCCUCGUGGCGCUUCUACAACGACAUGCGGUUCAUGGAGCCGGCCGUUCAUGAGAACAUCAUGCGGCAGACGCGGAGCAGCAGCAAGAAGCAUCCGCCUGGCCAUUGGACGGAGAACAACAAUGUGCUAGGCCCGGACAAGUAUGACUCCAUGCCCAUUGUAGCCACGGAGCCCAUUUGCGAGCUGAGCCACAGCUACGAUUCGGAGCUGCAUCAGCCCAGCUUCUCGGACAUCAGUUCGUUCUUCGAGGAUCGCGAGUGCCAGCCGCCGGAGACCAAGCGGUUCAAGCUGGAACCACAUCAGCGGGAGGAAGAGGAGGAUCAGGAGGAGGAUGACGAUGAUUUUGAUGAGGAUGCUGCCUCGGAGAACUUGGAGGAGGAUCGAGGCAAUCGCACGGAGGCUGCCAAUUCCGGGGUAUUCACCAUAGAGGUGCUGGACGACGAUGAGGAAAUGGAGCAGGCUGUGACCAACAAGGCCAAGGCGCACCGCAGCAGUCACAGCUCCAGCCUAAAGAGCGAGCCGGAGGCCAAGGUGUUCUCCAACUCGCAGUCCCCCUCCUCCGAUCUGCCCUUCAAGUACAUCAGCACGGAUGCGGCCACCAAUACGGAUCCCACGGGUGGCGAUCUCCAGGACGAGGCGGAUCGCAUGUUCCUGCUCAGUCUGAUGCCCUUCUUGCAGAGAUUGGACAACCGUCGGCGGCUGCGCGUGCGCCAAAAGCUGCAGAACGUGCUCAUCGAGGAACUGGAGUUCGGCUGACCGUGUGGAUCUUCAGGAUUUUCGGGGGAAUGUCCGGGGGAGAUGUACUUUAUAAGCCUAGCUUACAGUAUUAUAAGAACGCGACUGACUAACUCUGUGGAUCUGCCUACAUACGUAGCAUGUAAUCAGUAUUCCGGCCUGCCUUCCUUCAUGCAAACACACUUCCAUACAUACCAUUUUACAUUACAAUACCUACAAUCAUACACUUGUACGUUUUAAAUAGACGAUCACGCCAGCAUAA